AUGCCAGAUAACAACCAGGAGGGAAAACAACCACUAUCCGCUCCUCCAGUCCUUCUCCCCUCACAACCCAAAACUACCACGUAUGCGGGCGCGCCAUUCAUCAACCCGUGGAACCGGCCUGCCUCAGCGUCUAGCAACUUGCCGCAGACGCAGACUAUCCGAGCGGUGCCCUGCAUCUCGGUUUGCGGAGGAUCUAUGGCCGAGCAGUCUAGUUCGCGCCACGGUGAGGGAUACAGCGUGUGGGGGCUGAACCCUGCAUGCUGCUACCACCCACGGCAGGAUCUGCAUAGAUCCUGCCGCUGUCUUCACCACCCUGACGACUGCUGCCAUUGCGCGGGUUACCCAGGCACCAGAAAAGAUGAAUUGAAUGAGCAGGUUUCAUUUCCUAGUGCUGGGGAGCCAGCUAGUGGUGGUUAUCUUAGCCUUGGCUUGGGCCUGCGUGCUGUGACGGAUGGGUGGUAG